UCUCCCAAAUUAUCUAAUGGUUCUGAUAAAGGUAUGUAUCCGUGAUGAAAGAUGCAAACAGAAAGAUCAUCCUCAGAAAUAUAUUCCAAUGGAUGUAAAAAUGGGAAGCAUAUUUUUAAAGACCUCCGUUCUGUAUCUCAAGAUUACAAUUUAUUUAUGAAGCAUUAUGAACAAUUUAAAGAGCCUUGUAUUAACCCACACAUACUCAAAAAUAAUCCCCCAUCUCCUCCAAUUUCAAGUGAGCAGAAAGAAGAAACUAAGGACCAAAUCAAUAAACUCGAAACAAAGUCUUUAACAUCUCUUGUUAAACACUACAUUUCUGAAAAACUUAAUAAAUCCGAGAGCGAGCACGCCUCUGAAAUAACCGAGACUGACUCACUACCAGACCUCACCGAUGACUUAACCCCCUUAUAAACACCCCAAAUUCAACAUUUAAAACGUGUAAAACCCCAAAGAUCUCCCUCAAGGCUGGCCCCAAGCCAGAACUGAAGGUCAUCCACGAACAAAUCUCUGUGGACUCCAGCUUCAGUAAAAACUCAAAAGACUCUGUAGGGGGUAGCAAAGCUAAGCUAACAGAGGGCUACAGGGCUUAUGAACGGAGGUUUUUGAAGGAAGAAGGGACAAGUGGGAAUAGAGGGAGGAGAUUUGUGCCAGGCUGGCCGCUGUAUUGUGCAGAGGAGAGGGCAGGAGUGGGCAAGGAGGGUAGGAAUGGAGUGUAA